CUUCUGUCCGUAACGUGUCGAACCAUAGUCAGUUGGGUAAACCGUUGUACAGUUCGAUCAGAAUCCUUCUUCAACUCAAAAGAGCCCUACAGAGAGAGAAAGCGCGCGACGACUUCUGUCUGAGAACUUCCUUAUCGCGAGGAGUUACGCCAGAUACCCUUGAAAUCCUCCACUCUGUUUCUGUACAAGAAAUUAAAUUUACCAGCGGAUGGAUAUCGCUCUCGUCGGCUCGAAAGGCCGUUAAAGGUAUUAUUCGUUAGCGUGGAAACAUAGUCCGUGCCCGAUGAGUAUUCGAUGGACGAGCAGCCAUAUGGUGAAGCCGAGGAGAUUUAUUGGAAAUACCAACAACAAAAUGAUCAAUAUACGGGAAUAUUUGUAGAUAUCUUAAAGAGAUAAUUUAAUGAUAAGAAACAUUGUUCCUCGUUUGUUCCUCGUGAGUUACGUACAAAAAUAAGUCCUGUACGAAACUUAUCAGGAAUCUGACGGAGAAUAUUCACAUUGUGAGAACGUAAGAUGGGCUAUCGUGUGUUGUAAGAAGAGUUUACAGAUUCGUUAACAGGUCGCAAAACAUUUUGCCAGGUCUCUGCGAGCCAGGAGACGAGUACUAAAUCCGACGAGAGCGGAUCUAAAUGUACUUGUGACUGAUCGAUUUGUUUUCUCGCAUUUUAUCCAGAUUUAGAGAGAUUUUUUUACUUUUUUUAUUACGAUUUUAGAUACUAUUGUUUAUUUUACGGAAGAGAGGAAAUGCAAGCCAAAGUAUAUAAUCGAGAGUAUUAUCGGCAGUAUUUAUUACGUUCGCAAUUCACGUGGUAUUAGUACAGAAGAAACUAAACUUACAUAUCGCAAUCGAGAAGACACAUGGUCGACACUCUGUGGGAAAAACGGAUGGUGUUUUAGACUCGUAAAGACUUCGAUCAAAAUUUUCGAUUCUCAUGUGCCGCGUCAGGCAGAGUUUCGUCAUAAUGAGUCGUUAAUUAAGAAUGCACAAUGACGCAGCGAAUUUAUCCGUUGUCCACGAACCCCCGAGAGGGGUCACCGGAUAUCCAAAUGGAGACGCUCAAAGAAAAUCAUUCUCCCUAUCAAAGAAGAAUCCUAUCGAGAUACACGCGACAAGACAAGGAAAGGGAUAAACACGAAGCCGAAUACAUGCUACAGGAAAAUGGCAAAGCAGUGGAAUUUAUGUCAUCGGAAACAAAGGAGACGGAGGAGGAGGAUAAACCAGCUUCAGAAUCGUCUUCGCUGGUACCUGUGCCUUACUACAAACUGUUCCGUUUUGCGACGUGGGGCGAGUUGAUGCUGAUCCUCUUAAGCCUGAUACUGGGUGGUUUUACAGGCUUAAGUAUUCCAAUUGCAAUUAUUCAAUAUGGAGAAUUCAGCAAUAUGCUAUUGGAUCGUACUAGACCGAACGACACAACUACACCAACCAUCAUAUUACCAUUAUUUGGUGGUGGGAAGAUUUUAUAUGCUAAUGCAACUGAUGAAGAGAGAAUGGACGCUCUAUAUGACGAUUCGGUGGCCUUUGGCGCCUCUUGUGCAGCAAUAUCAGCGAUUAUGUUCGUCCUUAGCAUGCUUAUGGUCGAUGUACUCAAUAUCGCCGCAUCCAGACAAAUUUCAAGAAUUCGUAAGAUAUUUCUGAAAGCCGUUCUCAGGCAGGACAUGUCGUGGUACGAUACGAACACAUCAACUAAUUUCGCAAGCAGAAUCAACGAAGAUUUGGAAAAAAUGAAGGACGGAAUGGGCGAAAAACUUAGUAUCAUCACGUAUCUAAUCACUUCGUUCGUCUCUUCUGUCAUCAUCUCGUUUGUAUACGGUUGGCUGCUGACCCUGGUCAUGUUAAGCUGUGCUCCGAUCAUAAUAAUCGCCACGGCCUUUGUCGCUAAGGUGCAGAGUUCUCUCUCGGCUAUGGAGCUGGCGGCCUAUGGUCAGGCUGGUAGCGUCGCCGAGGAAGUUCUUGCUUCUAUCAGGACCGUGGUUGCCUUUAACGGCGAGAAGAAAGAGGUACAAAGGUACUCGGAGAAGCUUGCACCAGCGGAAAAAAAUGGAAUCAGGAGGGGCAUGUGGUCAGGAAUCGGCGGCGGCGUCAUGUGGCUGAUCAUUUAUCUCAGCUAUGCGUUGGCAUUCUGGUACGGAGUAAAAUUAAUUCUGGACGACCGCUCGAAUGAAGACAAAGAAUACACGCCAGCAGUAUUAGUGAUCGUGUUCUUCGGCGUUCUGAGCGGUGCACAAAACAUGGGCUUGACUUCACCGCAUCUCGAGGCAUUCGCGAUGGCCAGAGGUUCAGCGGCUGCCGUUUUCAAUGUUAUCGAUCGGGUGCCAUCGAUCGACAGUCUCAGCACGGAGGGUCGACGGCUUGACUCUGUUAAUGGAGAAAUCGAAUUUAGAAACAUCGCGUUUCGUUACCCGGCAAGGAAAGAUGUCAAGGUGCUUCAAGCACUGAAUCUGAAAAUCAAUCGUGGCGAAACAGUGGCGCUCGUCGGCGAAUCUGGAUGUGGCAAAUCGACAUGUAUACAGCUCAUCCAACGGCUCUAUGAUCCCCUUGAUGGACAGGUCCUGCUGGACGGGGUCGACGUGUCGACAUUGAACGUUCAAUGGCUGCGCUCGCAUAUCGGCGUAGUUGGUCAAGAACCAGUCCUCUUUGACACAACGAUACGCGAGAACAUCCGUUACGGAAAUGACAGCAUUACCGAAGAGGAGAUGAUCAAAGCCGCAAAGGAAGCGAACGCUCACGACUUCAUCUGUAAAUUGCCGGAGGGAUACGAUAGUCCAGUGGGCGAAAGAGGCUCUCAGAUGUCUGGUGGACAAAAGCAAAGGAUUGCCAUUGCUCGCGCGUUGGCGAGGAAUCCGGCGAUCCUUCUGCUGGACGAGGCGACGUCUGCUUUGGACGUUCACAGCGAGGCGAUUGUGCAGAGAGCUCUCGACGCGGCAGCGAAGGGAAGAACAACGAUUAUAGUCAGUCACAGACUUUCCACUAUUACGAACGUCGAUAGAAUCGUGUUUAUCAAGGAUGGGGUCGUCGUCGAGGAAGGAACCCACGAUGAAUUAAUGGCGCUCAAAAAUCAUUAUUACGGACUGCAUUCCACACACGCAGAUGCUGCAGCUAAAGAUAAGGUCCCGAAGGUCAAGACUAUUGCGUCAACCCCGAAGAUGAAGAUAAAACCACCGUUAAAUCAACAAUUCUCAACAUUAUCCGCGCACUCUCAUCGACUCUCUCUCACGAGAUCUUCGAAUGAGGAGGAAUUGGACGAGGAGGAGAAACCUUACGACGCGCCUAUGAUGAGAAUAUUUGGAUUAAAUAAACCGGAAUGGCCAUUAAAUUUAAUCGGAAGUCUCGCGGCGGCGACAGUAGGUGCUUCCUUUCCAGCUUUUGCCAUUUUAUUCGGUGACAUUUACGGUAUAUUGAAUUUUCCCGACGCCGAGGAAGUCAUGAAGGAGACCAUUUUCUUGUCAAUACUCUUCAUCGUCGUCGGCUUAAUUACAGGAGUUGGCACUUUCCUGCAGAUGCACAUGUUCGGUCUAGCUGGCGUGCGUAUGACGACGCGAAUAAGAAAGAUGACGUUCAGCGCGAUGUUAAAGCAGGAUAUGGGCUGGUACGACGAGGACAAAAAUAGCGUAGGUGCGCUCUGUGCGAGGUUGUCAUCGGAUGCGGCGGCUGUCCAGGGUGCGACCGGGACUCGCAUCGGCUCCAUGCUCCAGGCUUUCUCGACACUUGUGAUCGGGAUCAGCAUAUCCAUGUACUACAGCUGGAAGAUGACGCUGGUCGCAGUAGUGUCGAUCCCACUGGUCCUCGCGGCGGUAUUCUUCGAGGCGCGGGUCAUGGGCGGUCAAGGUAUGCAGGAAAAGAAGAAGAUGGAGUCAGCCACCCGAGUGGCCAUUGAGGCAAUAACAAACAUACGUACGGUUGCCAGUCUCAACAAGGAAGAAGUAUUCUUGAAAAGAUACUGUGUAGAACUGGACCACGUUGCACGAGCGAUGAGAAUCAGAAACAGACUGAGAGGAUUGGUCUAUUCGUGUGGACAGACCAUGCCAAUGUUCAGUUACGCUAUAAGUCUAUAUUAUGGUGGCUACCUAGUAGCCAGGGAAGGAUUAAGCUACGAAAAAGUCAUCAAGAUAUCGGAAGCGUUAAUUUUUGGGUCAUGGAUGCUGGGACAGGCGCUCGCCUUCGCGCCAAACUUCAACACAGCCAAAAUUUCGGCCGGCAAAAUCUUCAAGCUACUCGACAGAGUUCCGGAAAUUACUUCGCCACCGGGAUCAGAAGGAAAGGAUUUAGAUUGGAAAGCAGACGGAUUGAUACAAUAUUCAAAGAUCAACUUCAAUUAUCCGACGCGGCCGGAAAUGCCGGUGCUCAAGGGACUGGAUCUAAUCGUAAAGCCAGGACAGAUGGUGGCCCUCGUAGGCCAGAGCGGCUGCGGGAAAUCCACCUGCAUACAAUUGUUACAACGACUAUAUGAUCCGAUUUCCGGCAUCCUGACAUUGGACCGGCGUGACAUCGCCUCGGUUUCGCUGGCUACGCUUAGGUCACAGCUUGGCGUUGUGGGGCAAGAACCAGUGCUCUUCGACCGAACGAUUGCGGAAAAUAUAGCUUACGGUGACAACAACCGACAAGCAUCCAUGGACGAGAUCAUCGAAGCAGCCAAAAUGUCCAAUAUUCAUUCAUUUGUCGCUUCGCUACCACUGGGUUACGAUACGAGACUGGGAUCAAAAGGCACUCAGCUCAGCGGUGGGCAAAAACAGCGAAUAGCCAUCGCACGUGCAUUAUUGAGAAAUCCCCGAAUUUUGCUGUUGGACGAAGCAACUUCAGCCCUCGAUACUCAAAGCGAGCAGGUCGUGCAGGCGGCCUUGGACAAGGCUAUGCAGGGCAGAACGUGUAUCACCAUAGCUCACCGUCUGGCCACUAUAAGGAACGCCGACGUGAUCUGCGUGCUCGAUCGAGGUACCGUGGCCGAGAUGGGCACCCACGACGACCUGAUGGCGUCCGGUGGUCUUUAUGCUCACUUGCACGCUCUUCAGCAGACCUCUAUCCAGCAGUAGAAGAGCGACUAGUCGUCGGAUUCCAAUGCCUUUUCCUUCUUCGUGCGCGAAUCGACCGGUGCAUCGAGCGUCUUGGAAGCGCGAGGAUCGACAUAGGUCGAACGCAUGGAAAGUGGAGAAGAGCCAAACUGGCUAAACAUCGCAUAAAGACCGCAAAGCGGAACUCAAGUGGCCGCAAUUGUCACCGCCGAAAGGCCACGAGAUGUCAAAGAACACAAAUGAUGACGUUCAAAGGAACGGAUACACUAGGACAGAAGAUAGGUUCCUAUAAGUUCAUAGAAUGUUCAAUCAACUUAUUUACCGUGCCGACUCCGUAGCGAGUGCGAUGACAAACAACACCGUAAGUGAUUUGAGAUCACUAAUCGAGGAUCGAGCAAUUUAUUUUCGGUGGAAACUUGAUCAUAAAUCAAAAUUCGAAUUAUAUCGAUGUCAACCUAGUAAACAUCAACUAACAAACACAGAAAAAUACAUCUUGUAUGUAAAUAGACAAUAAUUACUUGUUUGAAGUAUUUCAAUAGUUUAUAUAAACCACAAAUCUAUUAUAAGCAUCAAAUUCAAAAUAUAUU